AUGAACGAAACUUUGCCUCUGGGAAGCAUCAGCAACACUCGUGCAAACACUCAGGGCGAAUAUCGUGACCUUGAAGGUCAUGAUGUGUCUUAUAAACGCGAAACUCAGACUGCUGUCGAUCCGGGAAAAGAAUACGCUCUUCUAAAGGAGGAGGAGAGGAGAGUGGUUGAAAAGGAUCUUGAGCCGGGUGUUAUUUCAAGGCAUGUGACAACUAAAUAUUACAAGAAAAAGACCGUAACCGACACCACAACGACUACCAAUCCUUAG